AUGCCAGAUAUUCUGCAUUGGAUGAAGUUGACGGUCAAUCUUCUUUACUCUCCCAACAUUGACCACUCUCUCGUUCUCAGUUCAGUAUAUCUUACUCACAAUGCUCUGCCUUUGAGCACCUUUAGCCAACGGCUCUUUCCACCACAGUGUUUUAACAAGCGCUGCUGGGGAUUGAUUCUACCUGCUGCCAUCAGACAAUACAACAGCUCCUCUUUCCAUCCCACUGUUCCUCCAGGUGAUUCCCCAGUCAGGGUGAUUCUCAUGCUGACCAAACUAUAUGACUUCAAUCUGGGCAGUGUCACAGAGAGCUCCUUAUGGAGGUCAACAGAUUACGGAACCACUUACGAGAAACUCAAUGAAAAGGUGGGAGUAAAGACCAUCCUCAGCUAUCUGUACGUCAGCCCCAACAACAAGCGCAAGAUCAUGCUGCUGACAGAUCCAGAGGUGGAGAGCAGUUUGCUCAUCAGCUCAGAUGAAGGCGCCACCUAUCAAAAAUAUCGCCUCAACUUCUACAUCCUCAGCCUGCUGUUUCACCCUGAGCAGGAGGACUGGAUCCUUGCCUAUGGUCAUGACCAGAAGCUCUACAGCUCUGUUGAGUUCGGCCGUCGAUGGCAGCUCGUCCACGAGCGGGUGGCGCCCAAUCGAUUCUACUGGUCUAAACUGGGCCUUGAUAAAGAGCCGGGCCUGAUUCACCUUGAGACCAGCAUCUCAGAAACCCAGGCUCUUUAUGUCACAUGCAAGCUUCAGAACUGCACAGAAGCCAACAAGGGCAAACCUUUUCCUGGAUACAUUGACCCCAACUCCCUGGUGGUCCAAGAUGAGUAUGUGUUUGUUCAGGUGUCAACCGGCGGUCGGCCAAUCUACUACGUGUCAUCCAGGCGAGAUGUGUUUACACCCAUGAAGCUUCCCAAAUACACCCUUCCAAAGGAUCUGCAUGUGAUCAGUACAGAUGAGAACCGGGUCGUGGCGGCAGUUCAAGAGUGGAACCAGAAUGACACUUGCAACCUGUACGUGUCAGAGGCCGGAGGCAUUUACUACACGCUGGCUUUGGAGAAUGUCAUGAGCAGUAUGGGACCAGAGGGAAAUGUCAUGAUAGAUCUAUAUGAGGUGGCAGGAAUAAAAGGCAUGUUCUUGGCUAAUAAGAAGCUAAAUAAUGAGGUGAAGACUUACAUAACCUAUAACAAAGGUCGUGACUGGAGGCUCCUGCAGGCUCCCUCAGCUGAUCUCAGAGAAAACAGAAUCCAUUGCAUGCUGGUGAGUGGACUUAGAGGACUUAGUUCAAUCGGCGCAGAGUUAACGAGCAGCAACGUUAGCAUGUUCAUCACAUCCGACGCUGGAAACACGUGGCGGCAGAUAUUUGACGAAGAGUACAGUGUGCUGUAUCUGGAUCAAGGUGGAGCUUUAGUGGCAAUUAGACACACCCCUCUUCCCAUCAGGCACCUCUGGUUGAGCUUUGAUGAGGGGAGGGUGUGGAACAAAUACAGUUUCACUUCAUCGCCCCUGUUCGUGGACGGUGUCUUGGGCGAACCGGGCGAGGAAACGCUUAUAAUGACGAUCUUCGGUCAUGUCAGUCACCGCUCAGAAUGGCAGCUGGUAAAGAUAGACUUCAGGUCUAUCUUUAACAGAAGAUGCAUCGAGUCUGACUAUGUGCCGUGGGAUUUACAUGACCAGGGUGAACGCUGCCUCAUGGGAGUCAGAAGAGUCUACCGAAAGCUGAAGCCCAUAGCAAGGUGUGUUAUGGGUAAAACCUACUCUGUCACAAUGAUAUCCGAGCCAUGUGACUGCACUGAGUCGGACUUUGAGUGUGAUUAUGGCUUCGAGAGAAGGGCUGAUGGAAAAUGUACUCCAGCAUUCUGGUUCCUGCCCUCCUCCAUGUCUCGGACCUGUACUACAGAACACACGUACCUCAACAGCACUGGGUACAGAAAGGUGGUGUCUAAUAACUGCACUGGAGGGGUGAUAGAGCAGUACACGGCUCGUAGGCACCUGUGCCCUAGCCAGGCCCCUCGCGGCCUUCACUUAGUGACCAGCGAAGGGAAGCUAACGGCUACUAUUGCCAGCAACGUCACCUUCCUCGUCUUCCUGGAGGAGGGUGAUGGAUCGAAAACCAGCAUCACAGUGGAUUUUGGCGACGGAAACGCUUUCACCUACUCCAACGUGAGCUCUAUCGAGGAUGGCAUUAAACACAUCUACAAGAACGUGGGAAUCUACCGAGUGUCAGCCACGGCGGAGAACAGUCUGGGCUCGGAAACAGUGCUCCUCUUCCUACACAUUACGUGUCAACUGGAGUCUAUUCACCUCUCCACCCCUUUUGUCGCUGUGAAAAAUAAAGAAGUCAAUCUGACGGUGGUUCUCUCGCCAAGCCAAGUGGGAACAGUCACCUAUAUUUGGUGGUUUGGGAACAAUUCAGAGCCUGUGAUCACACUGGAGGGGAGUGUUGCAUUCACGUUCUCUCGAGAGGGAAUCAGCAUUGUCACUGUACAGGUGUCUGCUGGGAAUACCAUCCUGCAAGACAGGAAAACCAUCGCUGUCCACGAAUACUUCAGAUCUCAUCUUCUUGCCUUUUCAUCUAACCUGGAUGAUCACAACCCUGAUGUAGCUGAAUGGAGGCUUGAUGUGAGUCGAGUCAUUAAAACCUCUAUGGUGCAGGCGACAGGAGUGAAUCCAGAGCAGUUGUUGGUCACUGUGUUGCCUGGACUGCCAACAGCGGCCGAGUUCUUCCUGUUAUCAGACAAACAGCUGACAGAGGGGAAACCAGACAAAACAGCCACCCAUUUAGACCAGCUCUCAGAACUGGUUCUCAGCGCUCUGAAUCAGAAUCUGGUUCAGUUCACACUCAGACCAGGAGUCCAGAUCACAGUAUACGCUGCCCAUUUAUCAGCAGCGCCUCUAGUGGACACAAGUGAGAACCACAGCGGCUCAGCUAUGCUCAUGCUCCUCUCUGUGGUGGUGGUGGGUUUAGCCGUGUUCCUCAUCUAUAAAUUCAAAAGGAAGAUCCCAGGCCUCCACGUCUAUGCAGCGAUGCAGGACGAAAAAGAGCAAGAAAUGAUCCAGAGUCCAGUUUCUCCCACUGACAGCACACCCAGCUGCAGUUCUCAGAGAGAACUGCUCACAUCACUGGAGCCUCUGGACACAGAGCCCAACACUCAGACCAUCGAAUGCAUCAAUCCUCAUCCACGUGUCAAAUUCUCAUCAGAUCUUCCUACAUACAUCGACGUUUGAACUCUAGCCUCCGCCAUGUCAAGGACUUUGGUCAUGCGGACACAAAGGUUUCAAGCUUUAUUCAGUACCUGUGCAUGUUGGACAUUAACUUUACUGUGCGCUGUGAAUACUAGAACAAACUUUGUACAGCUUUUUUAUACAUCUGUGUAUUCAAUAAAACAUUUUUGAUGCUGUUCAUUUCUAAAGAUGCCAGUGUGUACAAAGUCUGAGGGAAAGGCCAGCAUGAAGGGUGGAAAAAAAGACAAUUAUUCUUGGUUACCUGUCUGUUUAAUUUUAUCGCGAACAGUGGCAGUACAACAUGGAUAUGUGACAUUUUGGAAGUGUUUUAAUAAUAAAAUGUAAAGUUAUUAAUGAUUAUUGUAAAAUGAAACAUUUUCUGGGUUUCAUUUUGUAUAGCUAGCACAUCUGUACUUUACAUGUAACAGAAAUGUAGAUUUUACUACUAAUUUUAUGGGUUUCAUGCCUUUAUUCAUGAAACAGGGUUAAUGUUGAAGCUUGUUUAUCUUGUUUUGCUUCUCUGCAAUAUCAAAGUAUUUUUUUCUUAGUAAAAUUAAUUAUGUGUUUCUAUGUAGAAAUGACUGACUGUUGGUUUACAGAUCAAUCAGAUCAAUCAGUGUCAAGAUAUGCUGUGUAAACCGACUUGAUAUUCUUGAGACAUUAUGGCCAAGCAGAAGAUGAUAAUCAUAUACUGUGUCUAGUGUUUCAUAAACCAUUUUGUAUGGAAUCAUUGAUGUGCACUCACAGAGAGUUACAUGGAUUCAUUUUGCUUAUUUGUCAUUUUUUUGUCAUUUAAAUUCAGUCAUGACAUACCAAAAGUGAACUGUACAGGCUGACAGAUAUGAAUGUAUGAAUGUGCAAGUACAUAAUUAAAUAUUUAAGACUUUUUUUUACUUCCCCUCUUUACAUAUAAGCAGUAUAAAAUCACAGGGAAGAUAUGAUCAGUUGAUGAAUUGACUAAUACUAAAUAAUCAGAAAUCAAAAUAAUGUGUGUCACGUAUGGAAGUCAGUAUACAGACCUUCAUCCACUAGCAUAUAGCCACUAUUCAAUAACUAUAAUAAUUGAAAUAUAAUAUUUCAUAUAUAAUAUUAAUUUAAUGGCUUCAGCUACUCAAAAAUUGCCAACAAUUCACAGCACAAAACACAUUGUUGGCACAAACCAUGUUUAUAUGAACCUGCAUU